AUGUCAUCGUCAAAGCAACUACGUAUUGGCGUUUUUAUGCCAUCAACCGUACAGCUUCUCGACCUCGCAACUGUCGACGUGCUCGCCACAAUGUCUAGUGAAUAUCUCGGCAUCCUUCCUCUCCCUUCUCAUAUUGGCAGCAUGGCACCCAGCACCAAGAUCACGUACAUCACAUCGCCGAAGCUCUUCCCACACGUGGCCCUGACAGCAGAUCUAUGCGUCCGUACAACACACACGUACCAAGACGAUGAUGUUGCGCCAGGGAAGCUAGACAUCGUCGUUGUCCCUGGUACAGACCCAGCUGAUUCUUUCGAGGAAGAUGCGAAAAAGUGGCUGAGAGAUCAGUUCAACACUGAGGGAGUCGAUGUGCUAUGUGUUUGUACCGGCGUUUUCUUGUGUGGCGCAGCGGGCAUACUAGACGGGAAGAGUGUGAGCGGACCUCGAGGGCUACAAGAUGACCUAAGGAAGAAAUAUCCAAAUGCCAAAUUUGUUGGAGAAAAGUAUCGAUGGAUUCAGGAUGGUAAUUUGUGGUCAAGCGGUGGAAUAACAAAUGGAAACGAUAUGAUGGUUGCCUAUGCCUAUGCCAACAGCAGAUAUUGGCCAACACCCAUUGUUAGCAUGGGUGCCAUGCUUACAGAUGUAGGUGAUCGGCCUCAGAUGUUUGAUCAGGGUCAGAAGAAGUUCUUUUUAACAAUGGCAUGGCAUAUUGCACGCUCUUGGUUCUUGAGUUUGAUGCCAAUGAAGAAAGGGCUGAGUAAGAUGGACUAG